AUGUCACUACUGUUUGUUAUUUUGUAUUUGAGUAUAUUCAAUAAGAGAUUGGUCGAAAAUGUGACUGUACAACAAUCUUCAAUCAACGAUAAGAGUAAUAAAAAUUCUGCACAAAGGAAAGGUGAAUUUAUUGUUGGUGAAAAAUUCCGAGUUCAAGUGGUUUUGAGUGAAGAUUUAGAAAAUCUUUUAUUGUUCGAUGAAUUCAAGAAACAGGUGAAAGAUGCUGUGACAUUCUGGACAAGGACAUUGCAACCGAAGAUAAGAUCUACCAAACAGAUUUUAAUCGAACGACCAAUCGCAGGUACAAUUUUAAUUUGCUCGGCCAUGCAAUAUCUCGAAAGCAAUCCAAAUCACUUAAAACGAAUAAUUAUGCAUGAAUUGGGACACACGUUUGGCUUUGAUUAUUCGGUGUUCUCUUACCUACGUGAUGAGAACGGUCAACCUAGGACAACGCGUAAUCCACAAACUGGUGAACCAGAAUUACCGAAAGAUAAUGAAGGCCUAGAAGCUGAUAAGAAUACCGUGAAGUACGUGCAGAGGGACUGGAAAACAAUAUCAGGCGUGAAAAGUUUGCAGAGAAUCUCUCUAACAUUGCCAAGUGUAGUCAGCUUUGCCAGACGCCAUUUUGGGUGUAAUGAUCUUGAUGGUGUUGAUCUAGAAUCGGAUGGUGGUGGUGGAACUCCUCAUUCACAUUUCGAACGCCGUCUGUCCAUUGGUGAAAUAAUGUCUGGUUAUAUCGAUAUCAUGGCUUCUGUAUCUGGCUUAACUCUCGGUUACUUCAAUGAUACUGGAUGGUACAAUGUGAAUUUUUCCAUGGCUGAACGAUGGGAGUGGGGUCGUGAUCAAGGCUGCGAUUUCAUUCAUCAAAGUUGUGGUGAAUUUAUCAAAACACAAAAAUCAAGAGGACAAAAGUCAUCACCUUGGUGUGAUGAACUAGCGUUAGCCGUUCGAUGCAUUCCUCACGUGAACGCUUACGGAGCAUGCAAUUUGAUGAAGUUCAGUUCAUCUUUAAAACCAGAACAUACACACUUCAAUAACGUGCCUGACGUGUCACAGUCGGAACAAAACAUGUUGGCAGGAGUGGACGACUUGGCAGAUCACUGUCCAUAUAUGGCAGUUUUUACAAGUUUGAAAAAUACAUCGUUGAAUUCUCACUGUGAAGAUACCGAUAACCAAAAAUACCAACAUAUGGACAGUAUACCGGAGUAUUACGGGAAGCAGUCACGAUGUUUCAAUAUCAGAAUAGUACAUAGAAAUAGCAUUGGAAGUCACGUAUCCGCUGGUUGUUAUAAAGUGAAAUGCAAUCUCCGCUCUCAGGUUGAAGUGAUGUUUAACGAUAAAUGGCGUAAGUGCCCUGAAAACGGUGGUGAUAUUUCGAUAUACGAAGUCCCGAACAGAAUUUAUCGGUUAGAAUGUCCGGUUUCUAAAGAUAUAUGUCCGGAAGAAGAAACACGUGAGAGAAUAAAAAAGCGUGCGAAUAGACUGAAAGGAGACAGUAAUUAUAUGAAAACAAACACCAUUUCGUAG